GGCGGCGGGUCCUCUGCGCCUCACGGCGGGCUUCGGCGGCGGGUUGGCUCGGUGGGUGGGUGCGCUCUCCCGCCGCGGGGCUGCACAAUGGCAGUCGUUCAGUAGGAUGGAUCCUGCCGUGGCUUUUGUUCUGCGGAUCCACCCAUCCUCCUAGCAGUCAAGUGCCAGGCUAUGGUUUUCUCUCUGGGGAUCUGCCUGCCGCGUUUUGCCGGUGUCUCUGGUGAGGUUUUGGCCUCGGCUGGGAUUUCGCUACCUUACUUUUCGUUUGGCUUCGGGCUGGAACAAAAAAAAAAACAAACAAAAAGGGAUUUCUUUCGUUUUGCGCUCCACGCUUUUGGUUAUAAUCCGAUGUUGAUCUAGGGGGGAAUAACCGUUCAGCCUGGCUGAAAAAAAAGCAUCCGUUGAAAAGUCUCAGAGAAAUACACCACGUGAGGAGAAAAAACUGGGAGAAGAUCGGAAUAUAAUCGGUUUUUCUAUGAUAAAACUGGUGCCCCUCUUCAGGAGAACUGGUCUCAAUUUAUUAUUAUGCAACCACAAGGAUCUCUUCUUUCUCAGGGUGUAUAAGCUGCUGGAUUGCUUUUCGCCCAAAUCAAUGUGGUUUCUUUGGAACAUUUUCAGCAAAGGAUCGCAUAUGCUGCAGUGUCUUUGUGGCAAGAGUCUUAAGAAAAACAAGAACCAAACUGAUCCCCAGCUCAAGGGUAUAGUGACCAGGUUAUAUUGCAGGCAAGGCUACUACUUGCAAAUGCACCCCGAUGGAAGUCUCGAUGGAACCAAGGAUGACAGCAGUAAUUCUACUUUAUUCAACCUUAUACCAGUGGGACUUCGAGUUGUUGCUAUCCAGGGUGUAAAGACUGGGUUGUAUAUAGCCUUAAAUGGAGAAGGUUUCCUCUACACAUCAGAACUUUUUACGCCAGAGUGCAAAUUCAAGGAGUCUGUUUUUGAAAAUUAUUAUGUAAUCUACUCAUCCAUGCUCUACAGACAACAGGAGUCCGGGAGGGCCUGGUUCUUGGGGCUGAACAAAGAAGGGCAGGUCAUGAAAGGAAACAGAGUGAAGAAAACAAAACCAGCAGCUCAUUUUCUACCCAAGCCAUUGGAAGUUGCCAUGUAUCGAGAACCAUCUUUGCAUGAUAUUGGAGAAACAGUGCCAAAGGCUGGGGUAACUCCAAGUAAAAGCACAAGUGCGUCUGCAAUAAUGAAUGGCGGCAAACCAGUUGUUAACAAGAGUAAGACGACAUAGCCAGAUCCUCACAGGUGUUGUGACUUACUGAGUCCCGAGUACAGUUGAGCGAUUUAUCCUUGCCGGACUUCCCCUCUGCAGUGUCUGUGGAUCAGCUUGCGGCAAGUCACAGACUUGCCCGUUGCUGUUUCUGAACUGAGUUGUUGCAAGUGGAUAAAUCUCAACAUGUAGCUCCACCCACAACAAGAAGACACCUGGAUGAACCAGCUAAACUCAGACCAUGGAAUGCCCUACCAGAUAUUGGAAUGCCUUUUUAAUAUCUUUUCUGUGACUGUGACACUUCAUGUGAAUGACAUACUUCACAAGUACACUUGAUACCUUGCCUGCUGACAAUUGCCCAUAAUCCCUUUUUGAGUCCAGUUUCAGCAAAAUCCAUGUGUUUAAGUUCUAUUUUGUAGCACACAAAUAAUCAAGUAAUUUCUAGUUAGAUGCUGUAAACCUGUGCUAUUAUGGAUUUCUCUUCUUCCCUUUUUUAUAAGGCUGCUCGCUCCACUGUCUGUGACCUUUUGCAGGGAUUGUGUUUCUCUAUAACUUAAGUGUUGCCGAUGGCUUAGUUUCGAAAGCAAUCAGGGAAUCAGGAAGCCUUCAAAAAUCUAUUAUUACAAAUUAUAUCUAUAAAGAAUAGGAUUGUUGUCUCUGGCUUACAAUAUUGAUUAAAUGUGAAUACUCUUUAGUGACAGAUACUGUGCUUCUGAGGUUGGCAUUAUAGUGGAGGGAAGAGUGUCAAACACAACCAACAGGAAGUUUUCUGAAACGAGUGUUUGGCAUCCCCCUAUAGUUUCUUUUUGUGUGUGUGUUUUAUACAUAUCACAGGCUUACUGGUAAUGGUAACAUUUGCCUUGCCCAGCGAGCAAGACCCACUCAUUUUUGGGAAAGUGGGUCCAAAGAAUUUUGUAGGCCUUGUAGGCCUGAAUUAAGGCUCAUUUUUCAUCUACUAAAUCUUCAUUGUUUGAAAAACAACCACCACCAAUUAAAAAAAAAAUAAGUAAGACUAACCAGAAUUGUGCUACCUAAAUCCAUUUCAAAUAUAAUCCUUUCCUGUUUUUAAGGAACUGAACUUAAUGCCAUUGUUAUUUUUGGCUGAAUCCCACACCUACUUAGCAAAGCAUGGGCAAGGAUGUUGUUGUGUUCUUUUUUGCAGCACCAAUGCAAAGGGUAGUUACAAAUGAUAGUUUAAUAUUUCUGGUGUUUUAAAAAAAAAGUUUUAAAACUGGACAUAUUACAAAACUUUAUUUUUAUUUUUAGCUAAGCAUGCAAAGUCCGUUCCUAUGUAUCUCACUGAUAUCCCAGUACGUACCUCCACCCAGCUUCCUAGGAUAAUAUGCCCACCAAAUUGCUAGAUUGAAGGUGCCUUGCCUUGAUCUCUGUAUACUGUACUUUCUCCUACAUGAUCCUAGAAGAAAUCAAAAACACUAUAAAAAUUGAAGCCUUGGAUCAUAUAACCAGAACCAUCAACCCUUUGAGUUUGUCACUUGUGAACAGUUAAACCAAUGUUGGGGGGGCGAGGAGGAAAGAGUUAGAGAAUGCCACAGUGAUGACACUGAAGUGUUGCACACUUAGUCACAGGCUGUCAGAAGACGAAAAAUAUGGGUACUCACUCUCUGUAUGCUUAAGACGGUAUUUGUUUCUCCGAAAGGGGAACAAGAACCAAACUGUACCUCAGUCUGGAAAACUGUGUGGCAAUGCUCUGUUGGCCUCUUGCUGUUACCUUGAUAUUUAAAGACAAAACAAGGAAAUCAUCCAUUCCUUUUUCAGCAUUGUAUUUCUGACAUUGUUUUAUCACAUCUUUGUGCUGAAGUCCCUGACAGAGACCGUUGGUUAUUUCAAACACCCUGUCUGCUCAGCUGAACAACUAACUGAUUCAGUCUGAAUGAACUCUUCAUGCUAGUUUUCAAACGUGUUGUUUUUAAAAGCAACAUUUAGUGCACUCUUGAAGGAGAUGCCUGUAAAGCUGCUAAAUUCUAGAUAAACUUCUUUUUUUUUUUUUCCUGUAGGCCAGACUUCCUUGUUUAUAUAUGUAAUAUGAGAACAGCAAGCUAACACUUGAUGCUGGGUCUUUCUAGGGAGGGAAUGAGUUAAGCAUGAAGCCCACUAUCCAUGUAGAGAAAAAAAAGUACAAACCUACUCUAUUACUGUGAGAAAAAUGCAAAGAAACUUUGACUUAGACUGUGCCCUUGCCUGCUAGCACUAAAUACAUGUGUGUGGGGAAAAACAACACUUGUUAAAAACUUCGGUGUACCCUUCUCGUCCCAUCUCGUCCAGUGGGAUUUGUGCACCGUCCCUGAGAAAACAAAACCAAACCGAAGGAACUCACGCGGUGAGCGGGGGGCUUGCUCUGCACCCGGGGGACCCGGGGGAGGCAGCAGCCUUGAAAUUGUACUCUCGUCUGCUGGGUCCCAGAGGAGGCCCCAGGCUUUCCUACAGUUAUAAGAGGAGCACUUCACGAUAUUUUGAGUAAGAUAAUACAGCUGAGGUCUACAUUUUCUUUCUCUCUCAGCUGAAUUUCGUAAGAGUUCACGAGGAGGAAAUACAUGCGUUCAUGUCCCAUCCAGCCAGCUUUUUACUCUCCCAGUGUAAGAGCCUGGGGAGAGACAGGGUUGGAGAGCUGGCUGAGCCAUGAAGGAGGUUCUGGUUCAUGGCCUGACGCUAAAUAAGUAUUGUUUUCAACAUUAAACUUUUAAUCCUGAGGAACUUUGAUCUGUGAACCAGUUUGGGGAGCUAUAAUUAAGGCCAGAUUUCAUUUUUGUAAGCAGUUAGUACAUUCUGGAAAUGCAGCAUUUUUUUUAAAAUCAUUUUCCGUUUUUGUUUCUAUGAGCGAAAUCCAUCUGUGUGUUUAAUCCAAUGAAUAGAUGUCCUACAAAAUAUUUUUUCUACAACAUGUUUAAACAUAGCCAAGAGGUCUUUGUGCUUUUUUUCCUCCCUUUGAUUUUGUCUCGUCUCACCUGUAGCAUGGGAAGAGGAUGGCAAGGAUGAACUGCAUGUAGUAGGUUGUGUCUGUCAAAGAACUGUUGGUCUGUAUUACUAAAUUUACAUCCAUAUAUGCAAAGAGUUUGUCUGCAUUGUACAGUUUGUGUUUAUUCUUAUUUGUUGUAUACACAGAUUCAACAUGAUGAAUAAAACAUUUAUUUAUAUGAAGGCAUACCAGAAAACAACAAAAAAAAGUUUUAUGAAAGAAGUAGACUGUGCAAAACAUCAGUGCACUGGCCACAGGAUGGUGAAACUUCAUGUAAAUAGGUUGGCAAACUCAGUUCUCCCCUUUUACCAUGCCAAAGAAAAUUUUAGCUCCUUAAUAUAAUACCUCUCUUGCUGUUCUCCAGGAUGAGACUUCACCAUUUUCUUCCCUCUAAAAUUGAUUUUGCUGUUAAGUGAAAGCUGUUUUCAGCUGUCUGUUACUACUAAAGUACUGUAUAGUAAACCUGAUGGAAUCAAUUUGUAUUUACAGAUUGGGGUUUUUGUACUUACAUGUCCAGCUGUCUGUGAA